CAUUAUAUUAUCAUUCCGUUUUGUUCUUCAUUUAUUUUUUCAUAUCAAAAUCUCAAUUUGAGAGUUUAUUCGAAUAAUGGAUUGCUCGAUAUGUAGCGCCAUGCCGUAUAAUUUGAGGCCUCCUAGGAACACCAUAUGCGUCGCUUGUUAUGAAGGUGCGAAAAGCAUUAUCGCCAUGACAAACAAGAUUGAUGAUCAUAAGAUUUCUGGAAAAUAUUCUAAUGAUCCUUCGGUUCCUAAUUCUUCCAAGGGUUUCAUGAGUUCUUUAAAAUGGUUAAAGGAGAUGAAGAAGAUGGAAGAAGAAAUGAACCAAAAGUUGGUAUUUUUAAGUGGUUUCAAAGCUGCAUUUAGAGAUCAAAUUCAUACAGACAUUCUUAUCAAACCUGGUGAUGAUGCUCCCUCCAUACCUGCACAUAGAGCCUUACUGGCAACAAGGUCUAACAUAUUUAAAAACAUGCUAGACUCUGAUGGAUGUAAAGCGGCACCAAAUGACAGUAUUACCCUCCCUGAACUAAGCCAUGAAGAAGUCGAAUCUUUACUGGAGUUCUUAUACAGCGGCGAUUUGGCUAAAGAAAAACUGGAUAAACAUUUGUAUUCGUUAUCAAUAGCAGCAGACAAGUAUGAGAUCCAGUUUUUACAAAAAUUCUGCGAAAACCGAAUGCUUGAGAUCCUUAGCACGAGUAACGCGCUUGAUAUUUUAGAGAUUUCGGAUACUAUUUGUAACCGAAACCUCAAGGAGACUGCAUUGAGUUUUGUUGUUAAGAACAUGGAGGAUAUAGUUUUUGCAGCUAAAUUUGAUGUGUUUGCGCUCAAGAAUCCACAUUUGACUGUUCAAAUUACAAGGGCGUCCUUUUUGGAAAUAAAAAAUCGAAGAUGUGAUGUCUGAGUUGCAAGUCGAGACAUGCAUUUCUACAUAUUUAUCGUUACAAGAACCGACUAUCUUAUUUUGUUUAUAUAAUAGUCAAUAGAGUUACCAUACCUGAGUGUAAAUCCACACGAAAUAAAUAAAAGUCUAUUUUUUUUA